AUGACCGUGAAAAUUUUCUUGGGCAACCUUAACUCCAAGACCACUGCCGAACAGAUUCGUCCUUUGUUUGAAAAAUAUGGCCAAGUGGUGGAAUGUGAUGUUCUCAAAAACUUUGGAUUUGUCCAUAUGAUGGAUAAGAAUGAAGCUAACAAGGCGAUUGCUCAGCUGGAUGGCUAUAGCAUUGAUGGAAACAACAUCCGUGUAGAGCUGUCAACCGGUGGCGGAAAGAAAGGUGGAGGUGGCGGCGGAAAAUUCGACAAGAGAGGCUUUGCUGGUGCAGGCAACAGACCUCGUCCUUAUGGACCACCUGGACGUGGUGACUAUGAGCGCUAUCCUUACCCACCAUUGCCUCCAGCAGCACAUGACCGAUAUGAUCCAUAUUAUCGCUACUACAUGGAAAGAGAGGCUUACUAUUCUCGCUUGGGGCCACUGGGAGAUAGAGCUGGAGGCUCACGUGAGCGCCUUCCUCCGUUGAUUUCAAGGGAUCGGCUGGCUGAACGUUACCCACCCGAUCCACGAGAUAGGCUUGCCCCACCAAGGCCCUACCUAGAUGAACGUGCUCGGGGUUUACCUGCUGAUCCUUACUUCAGAGAGAGAGACCCGUUGCCCUCAAGGCCACCUCCAGAAUAUUAUGACAGGAAACCAAUGUCUGCUGGUCGUGCUGAGUUGCAAGGCGCUGCUGCCGGCAGAGCUGUCAAUUCUGGGGCUUAUGGCAAUGGAGGUGGGGACUUUUAUCGGGGUGGUGACCGAUCUAAUGGUAGCUUAGGAGGCGCAGCUGGUGGCGCAGGGAGCGACUACUACCGCCAGAGUGGUGCAGGGCGGCCCGGACUAGGUGGCCUAGGAGGGAAACCUGGAGAUAGCCAGUCUUCAUUUGCUCAAGAUGCAAUCUUCUUUUAG